AACAGUUAGGAAACUAUUUUCCAUGUCCUGUCAAACAACCCGCAUUUUAACGACCCGCACAGCGUGUUGCAUCUUUCAAAUGACAUUUUAUCGUAGACAUUUAAAAAUUUUCUCACUGCGUGAGGACUUUGCAGACACAAAAAAAAAAAAUCCGUGAGAUUUAUUCCCUUGCACUUCCGAGGCUGAUCCGCUGCAUUAAUUCCUGAUCAGGAAGGUAACGAUAAAAAAAACUUGAGCUGUCUUGAGUCACCAUUGCUGGGUUCAGCGUUGCACAGUGAGUGAGGGUUAUGUUUGAUAAGCAUGAUAAAACCUUUAGGGAUUAGAAGUGCUCCGGUGUUCUCUUUGUAACCAUUUCUGGUGUGGUUUUUGACAUUAACUUUCUGAGUGUCUCGAGGAAAGAGCUCAGUUGACCGUAAAAAAUUCACAUGACAUAAUAUUGGAAAUCCGAAAGAAGAUGAUUUCAAGUCAUCAUUAGACACCGAUAUAGUUUUCCCAAAUAGACUUUUUAAAAACUUGAGCGAAGCAAAACGAUGCAGUGCCGGAGUAUUAUUGUUUUGUGUUUCCUAUUUCCUGUUAUAGAGAGUGUCAAAAGACCGCACAUCCUUUUCAUUGUGGCAGACGACUUGGGUUGGAAUGAUGUUGGAUGGCACAAUCCGGAUAUCUACACGCCUAAUCUGGACAAAAUGGCUCAAGAAGGGGUGAUAUUAAAUUCUUCAUAUGUCCAUCCUAUUUGUACACCGUCAAGAAACAGUUUUCUGACCGGUGUCUACCCUUUCAGAGUCGGCUUAUCAGGCACCGCAAUAGCUCCCCGACAAGCGCGCUUUAUGUCCCUGGAUACACCGACUCUUCCAGAAAAACUCCAGAAAUUGGGUUACUCGACACAUAUGAUUGGAAAAUGGCACUUGGGAUUUUGUAAUGAGAGUUAUACACCCACUCGCCGAGGCUUUGAUUCCUUCCUGGGGUUCUACACAGGCGCUCAGGACUAUUACAAGCACACGACAGCUGGAGGAUACGACUUUCGAUUUAACAACACGGUGUUUUACCCGCCUAAGAAGCAAUAUUCUACAAAAACUUACGCCAAACGAGCAGUGCAAAUCAUCAAAGGUCACAAAAGGAAAAACAACCCAUUGUUUUUAUACCUAUCUUUCCAGUCUGUGCAUACUCCUUUACAGGUACCUAAGAAGUAUGAGAAGAGAUACCGACUCCUGAAGAACAGAGACAGGAAAAUAUAUUCGGGUAUGGUAACGGCCAUGGACGAUGCCGUGGGUGCUGUAAUGACGGCAUUUAAAAAGCAGAAAUUUAUGGGUAACCUCCUGGUGGUCUUCACAACUGAUAAUGGUGGUGCAGCCCACAUAGUGGGGAACAACUUUCCUCUACGCGGAUCCAAAACCACUUUGUGGGAAGGUGGUACCAGGGCGGUGUCCUUCGUGUACAGCAAGAAUGUUUUGAAAAGAAAGGGAUACGUUCACGAAGGAUUAUUUCAUGCAACUGAUUGGUUCCCUACGCUUCUUGCUGCCGCGGGAGGGAAACCAAAGCUAGAAAAACAAAUUGAUGGUAUAAAUCAAUGGCCGAUGAUUCGAUCGGGUAAACCUUCCCGAAGAUCCGAGUUCGUCUAUGACAUUGACAUCUCUCGAUCUGCGGCGGCCAUAAGGGUGGGUGACUACAAACUGAUAAUUGGUUCUCCGGGCGACUACAACAACUGGUACCGUGUGGCGGCGACUAAUAGCUUCUGUCCAAUCUAUGACGAGUACGAAACAGACGGCGACCAAGAUGUCUUCAUUUACGAGUCCCUAAAUCAAAUGGUCAGAAAUGCAAAAGGGUAUGUUCGCUGGUUGACCGCCAAGAUUCCGGGGUUUGAAAUGGUGAGGAAAUGGCACAGAUACAGCCAACUGCAGCGGUGUAAAAAAUUAAAGAAAAACGACAAGGGGAAAUGGCUCCUUCCUCGAUACCUCCUAUAUAACAUCAAAUCUGACCCUUCAGAAAGAAAGAAUUUAGCUGGAUACAAACCUGUUAUGGUUCAGAAAAUGAAAAAGCGCUUGGAUCGAUAUAAAAAGAAAGCGAAAACUCAGCAAAGUAAAAGAAACGUAAAAAGUGCAGACCCAAAACAUUUUAACGGAGUAUGGACCCCAGGUUGGUGCUAAUACGGUGAUGAUCACGUGUUUCUUCGUGAACAAAAGGGAUGACGGUGCUCUUAUUGUGAUUUAGCAGCAAUUGUUUGCUUUAUGGAGUCUUUCAGUUAACAUGUAUACCGGUGGCUUGUGAGAUCAUUUCUCUGUGGGUUUUCUCUUAGCGAGUUUUUGUUAGUUACCCACAGUGCACUACAAGUUUUACUGAAUACCGUGCUUUCAGCAUGUUGAAUUCAGCAUAUUUUGUCAAGACGUAAGUAUGACUUGUAUUUGAGGAAUUAUUAUAUGUAGUGUUUAUUAUCAAGAUAUGAUGAUAAAAAUCAAACUAUGUGCUGUGAAGUUAGAUGGCAACGAUAAAUCCCUCUGACGUAUUAGGCUUGAUUUGUUUUGUUUGCUCCGUUUAUCAUUUAUCUUAUCAACUGUAGUGCGCAUGAUUUUCUCAUUCAUUGGACUAGUGCUUGUCUUAUUUUUGCAUUGUUUCCCCCCGUGAUUAUGAAUGUAUACCAGUACGCCUUAUAAGCAUUUUUUUUUAAAUAAAGAAACCAUUGCAUUUU